AUGCAGUCUCUCCGCCUCUUUCUGACGACCCUGUGGCUGCUUUUGUUUCUGCCAAUAUGCACUGCUUCAUACAUAUUGAAGGAUGAUUUUGGUAAUGAUGAACGAUUCUUCGACAAGUUCGACUUCUUCACAGAAGCUGACCCUACUAGGGGCUUUGUGAGCUACGUCAACAGAUCAACUGCAAAACUUACCGGCCUUAUAAGCGUAUCAAAUGGCUCUGUUUACCUUGGCGUCGACAACAAAAAUCCUGCUUGGGGUCCCGGUCGCCGAAGUGUGCGACUGACAAGCCACCAAGCCUACAACCAUGGCUUAAUCAUUUUGGACCUGGCCCAUAUGCCUGGGGCUGUAUGUGGUACCUGGCCAGCAUUUUGGAUGAUUGGCACAGUCCCUCCCACAGCUGGAGAAAUCGACAUCAUCGAAGGCAUAAAUGAAGGUCCACUGAAUCAGAUUACCCUUCACACAAAUCAUGACGGGUGCACAGUCAGAAACUCAGGAUUCAGCGGCAGUCUCGAUCGACAAAAUUGUUACAUCUACUCAACAGGGCCAGCUGGAGCUGGAGGCUGUGGCAUUGUUGAUCCCUACCCCGAGUCUUAUGGCGGUAUCUUCAAUGCAGUUGGCGGUGGUGUCUACGCAACCGAGUGGACAAGCGAUGUUAUUCGAGUCUGGCGUUUCCCUCGCUCGAAAAUCCCUGCGAAUAUUCAAACUGGGCCACCCGAUCCCUCGACAUGGGGUACGCCAGUCGCCAGUUUCUCGGGUGGUUGUAAUAUCGACGCGCAAUUCAACAAUCUUCACCUUGUUUUCGACAUCACCUUCUGUGGUGAUUGGGCUGGAGGCGCAUGGGCCAACAGCAGACUGUGUGCCUCCAAGGCACCUACAUGCUUUGAGUAUGUUCGGAACAACCCACGAGCUUUUGAAGAGUCAUAUUGGAAGGUCAAUUCAUUGAAGGUGUACCAACGAACAUGA